AUGAACAAACUCUCAACUUAUGUCAUUAUUAAAACUGUGUAUUUUUUCCAAGCUGGCAUUGGCAUCUUAGCCAAUGCUUUCCUCUUUGUCUUCCAUGUCUUUACAGUCCACCAGGUUCAUAGCCUUAGACCAACAGACAUGACCACCUGUCACUUGGCUUUUGUCCACAUAGUGAUGCUAGUUACCACAUUGGAUAAUUUUUCUGCAGACACAAUCAAAUUAUUGAGUUUUUCCAAAGAAUUAAAAUGUAAAUGUUUGCUCUACAUUAGUAGAGUGUCUAGAGGUCUUUCCAUCUCCACCACAUCUCUCCUGAGCAUUGUUCAGGUCAUCACCAUCAGUCCCAGCUCCUUCUGCUUGUCAAGAUUUAAAAAGAAACUAAAAAAUUAUAUUAUCAUUGCUUUCUUCUGUUUUUGGUCCCUCAACCUGUCUUCCAAUAGCAACAUGAUCAUCUAUGCUGUAGCUCAUUCCAACAGGACCAAUCUACUCAAUGUCAGUAAGUACUGCUCACUUUCCUCAAUGAACUCCAUCAUCAUGACACUAUUUUUCACACUUGCGUUGUCUCAGAAUGUCUUCUUUGUAGGAAUGAUGCUGCUCUCCAGCAUGUACAUGGUGAUUUUCUUAUGUAGCCAUCAGAGGAAGUCUGAGUACCUUCACAGCAUGAGCAUUUCCCCAAGAAUCUCCCCAGCAAAAAGGGCCACCUGUACUGUCCUAGUGCUGGUGAGUUUCUUUGUGAUUAUGUACUGUGUGGAUAUGAUCAUCUCAUCCUUCUCAACUGUACUGUGGAAAUACGAAGCAGUUCUCUUGUAUUUACAGGGGCUUGUGGUAAAUGUCUACACCACUGUGAGUCCUUUGGUGCUGAUUAUUUCUGAUAAAAGAAUAAUCGACAUCCUGCAGAAGAUGUUUGCUAUGAUAACACUUUAA